CGGAUUUCACGUGGCGCCCUCUAUACACAGCAUCGAUUUCAUCGCGCUGUCUGCGCGGGAGAGUAAAAUAGUCCCGAAGCAGAAACCUUCACUCCCACCAACACUAACACCAACCUCCAGCCCAAUAAAAGCGAGUGGUGCUCGCUGGGCACAAAGUGGAGUAAUUAAAUCCAGUGGCAGACGAAAUGUGAGAGUUGCGCGCUAAACAGAACGGACGGCGGAGAAGGUUCGUGGUGUUAGAGGAAUCAUAACCGGUGACGGGACGCAACAGUGUCGGGAGUUUGCGUCUGCGUUAGCGUCAGCGCCUGCGUGGUGUAUACGUGUGUUUGGUCGGUUGCGACUGUGGCUUAUGGGUAUAAAAAUUCGGCCGCUACCGUGCGUGGAGCCAAGCUGGACGUCUAAGACUGCCGACAGCAAGUCACUGACUUCAAUGGAUCCAAUUGUCACCGAAACACAGAAAGAUCAGCCAACGGAGAGUGGUCGGUCGCCAUUGGUCGUGCGGCAACGAUCAAAAAAAAAAUCCUGCCGUAUCUGCAAAUGGCUGAGGACGUACGGACUGGCCAUCUUAGCAGUAUGCUACUUCAUCCUAGUCCUGCCCACGGGUUUGCUGCUGUGCAUCUGGGGCAUUCACCGCGAUAACCAGCCAGCGCUCGCAGGCGGUCUCACAGGAAUCAUCGUACCGGCGCUCGUCGCGCCCUCUGUCUACUUCGGAGUGCGGCUCUCCCGGCAGCAGCGGAAAGACAGACGGGCGCUCUACCGCGUGGAAGUCUAGCGCUGCUUACGCCCCCUAGUGGCCACCACCUCUACCGAUUCUGCUCACACAUAAACGAUCUCGCAUAAUCGCGCUCGCGCGGUUUUUUCCCGGAAGGAUGGUAGGUGGCGCCCCUUGCGGCGGUGUCCAGCCGCGCGCGCAUGACGAAAUUCGUCAGAUCAUUCGCCCUCUACGAAAUCAGUGUCGCAGUCAAGUGACAACGGCGAUGGUGACAGCGACGACAGUGAUGCGACACUCCGGUGCAGAUGUCGCACGUCGGGCUUUCUCACGAAAUGAUACCUUUCUCUCGCACGUUCGCCUUCCCCACCGGUAGAGGGCGCGCGGAGCUCCGACCAUGCACGGCAGGGGGCGCAGGAGGCAGCAUGAUGCUCCGU